UCAUAGGUUGUUUUUAGUCAAGAAACUCGAGAAAACGAAACUUCCUAAAGUUGCAGGAUUAUUAAAGAUAUUUGUAGAUUUUUAUGCAUUGGGUAUUCUGGUAGGUACGAUAGGUACAUGUACACCUACAAUUGGUAGUUGGUACGUAAAAACCUACAUCGUGAAAAAUAUGGAAGGCAUAAAUUCCGAUUCUGAAGUACAAGUGACAAUAAAUAAGCCAAAACGAGUGAUUUACUUUAGCGAUGGAAUUGAGGAAGAAAUAGAAGAAGAAAAGGCGAAUGAAUUGCAAAGUACUCCUGAACAAAUUGUAGAUCCAAAAACCCUUUCUUGGGUUCCAUGGUUUUCAUACUAUGUUUGGAAAUCUGGUUCAUCAGCCCUUAAUGCAGUUGAUUAUGCUGGCGAGUCACUGGCAGGCUUCUUUGGCAUUACAACACCAAAGUACCAGAUAGAGAUAGAUGAAUAUGAAAGGUUGCAGGAAGAAAAGCGACAAAUAGAAGAGGAGUCUGCAGGGUGGGUGCCAAAGAAUGUUGGAGGAGAUAUUCCCCUAGUAAUGACUGAACCAUCAAAAGUUGUUCAAGAUGAUGAACGGGUUUGAUCAAAGGCCUAUUCAUGGCCUGACUGCUGUACUGGCUGGAUUUCUUGAAAAUGACAGUAACUUUUAUGUCUAGUGAGUUAAACACAAAACUGAUACUGAACUGAAAUUAUCACACUACAACACAAUAUUCUAGUCCUUUCUCUUAGUGGACUAUGUUUAAUAAAUAUUAUCUGUAUUAUAGCAUUUGUAUGUUAAUGUACUCAAACUCAAAAGUUUGUUCUUUAUUAGUAUUCUAUUGAUCUAAGGAAGGGAUGAAUGGUCUGGAUGAAAUAGUUUUUUUUACAGUUUUUUAUUCAUUCAUUCAACGUCUGAACGUCUUGUGGCCAGUUGGUACCUACGUAAACGCUUUACGCGGAUGAUGUAGCGGACAGUUCUGCUGUUAGAAAUUGGAUUGGUAUAUUCUUCCGUAUCAACCCACCGCGCCGCUUCGCCGUAUUGAAAGGCGACCCAAGGUGCGUCUUCAUCAUUUGAAACUAAACGCGAUGAAGUAUAGGUACUGUAAGUACAGUUUACACAAUAAAGUGGGUUCAGGGAGAGGCGGUUAAGUUUAGUUUAUACGAGAAUUUAAUUAAACUUUGUUACCAAAGCAAGUGGUGCAAUCAGCCCUAAGUCUUAUCUUCUGCUGCAUUGACAAUGUUAUGGGGUAGCAUGUUCUUUAAUUUGGGUUUUAAAACCGUUAUCUCCUAGUUAACGUCAAUUUUGUAAUUUUUUAAAUAUUUGGGAAAUUAUAGAUGGUCAAAAUGAGGAAAAAUUAUAUCACACAAAAAUAUAUUAUCAAUUUUAGUCAAAAUAUAAGUUUUUUCCUUAAUAUUGUAUUAUUAUUGAUAAAGUAUUUUCCUGGAAUACUGCCGAUUAAUAUUUUAAUAUUUUGGACUACAUUGAAUCGUACAUUACUCGAAAUUAGUUUUGUGCAUCAUGAUUAAUCUACUUAACAAAUUCUUUUUUAAAUUUUUACAGCACAAGUAUAUUUUUAUUGUUUUUUUAAAUGUCUAAAUUUUUAUAUAAUCUAUAGGAAAGGUAAAAAUGUUACUUAUUUGCUUAAUUUUAAUUCUAUUUUUAUUAAAUAAACUUUUAAUUGUACAUACCUA